CUCUACACAACUUAAAACUGCAGGCCUUGUAACGAAUUUGAUUAUUUUUUUACACACUUUUUGCUGGACUAUUUUCAUUUUUUAAUUGCUAGGAACAGCAAGAUUGCGGUUUUUUAAUAUUUGGAGAAAUUUAAGUCAAGAGCAUUCACUCUCCAUCCAAAAUUUUGCUUUUCCAUAAAGACUUCAUUUUAAAUUGCCAACAUGUCCUCACCCCACAAACAGUUCUAUAAAAAUUAUGGAUUGGACUCCACAGAGAUGCGUCGUCGUCGCGGGGAAGCGGGCAUCCAAUUGCGAAAGAACAAACGCGAGGAGCAGUUCCUAAAGCGACGCGGUGUUGACCUGAAUCCAGCCACAUCUUCCACAUCUACUGAAAUAGAAAGCAGCAACAGUAGCUAUUUGCAGUCUGACGACAUUAAUGAGAGCAGCAUUGGACCAAUUGCCGAAUCCGAAAUCGACCAGGAGUUAAUCCAGAUGCUGUACAGUGGAAACGAGAGCGACCAGGUAAAGGCAGCAAAAAAGAUCCGUUCUCUACUCGCCCGGGAAAGCGACCCACCUGUGGAUGAGGUCAUUAAGAAGGGAUUGGUGCCCCAGUUGGUAACCUUUCUGCGGAACAACUCCAAUACCACGCUGCAGUUCGAGGCUGCCUGGAUCCUGACGAACAUUGCCUCGGGCACCUCGUUCCAGACCAGGAUCGUGAUCGAGGCCGGAGCAGUGCCCUUUCUCAUUGGACUGCUCGCCACCUCAAACGAUGCCGAUGUCCAGAAUCAGGCUGUGUGGGCCCUGGGCAACAUAGCCGGCGACUCGAGAAUGUGCCGGGACCAUCUGCUGAACUCCGGCAUUCUGAUGCCUCUUCUACACGUGCUGGACAACUCGGAGCGCACCAAUAUGAUCCGCAAUUCGGUGUGGGUAUUGUGCCAUCUGUGCUUCGGCAAGAACCCGCCCGUGGACUUUACCAAAAUCGUCUGCUGCCUGCCAAUUCUGGCAAGAUUACUGGACAUCGACGAUGUGGAUGUACUCAAGCAUACUUGUUUGGCCAUCAGCUUUCUGGCUGAUGGACCGAACAAUCAAAUCCAGGCUGUUCUUGAAGCGGGCGUCAGCCGUCACCUGGUAGAGCUGCUACUAUAUCCGCAGCAGAAAGUUUGCACAGCCGCUUUGAGGGCAGUUGCCAACAUUGCAACCGGCGAGGAUGAACAGAUUCAGGUGCUUUUGGGCCAUAAUGUACUCGUCAACAUUUCCAAGCUAUUGCACUCGCCGUGGAAAACAAUCAAGAAAGAGUCCUGCUGGAUUAUCUCCAAUAUUGCGGCCGGCAAUCGAGCGCUGAUCCAGGCGCUGAUCGAUGCCGGCUUGUUCACCCAGCUCAUAACCAUCAUGAAGACGGCCGAAUUCAGGACUCGGAAGACGGCAGCUUGGGCCAUCGCCAAUGCCACCAGCAACGCAUCCUGCGAACAGAUCCUUUACUUGGUCCAGGUGGGCUGUCUGCCUCCUAUGUGUGAAUUCCUCACCGUCAUGGACUCGGACAUCAUCCUCGGAGCCCUAAAUGCUCUGGAAAACAUUUUGAAGGCGGGUGAACAUUUCACCCCGGGACAAAAUCCUUAUGGCUUAGCCAUCGAGGAAUGCGGUGGUUUGGAAAAGAUAGAGUUCCUGCAGGGUCACGAAAACCGGGAGAUCUACCAGAAAUCUUUUGAUAUAAUCGGUCGGUUCUUUGAAUUCGGAGAGGAGGAGAGCGUUAUGGCACCCGAACAGUUCACAUUCGAUCCCCACAAUAUGCCCACCGGCGGUUUUAAUUUUUAGUACAAGCCUGGCAGGAGACUAAUAACUAUCAUCAUGAACAUCAGCCACAGAAGGAGCCAUUUAAGCAAAGCUUCUUAACUAAAUUUGUUUAUUGAGCCGGGUUUAUUUUUAAUUUUGUUAGACAUACUCGUCUGCAUGUUAUUCCAGCGAUUAAAAAUUUAAUACCACCCAC